CUCACGCGGCUUUAUUUGAGUUCAUAUGCUCAGGGAACGUGACGGACCUGGGAGCUGUUUAUACCGUUUGAUGAUUUGUAUUUCAAGGAAAAUAUAGCUGGCGAUCUAAAUCUUUUAAUUAUAGAUUAUAUGAAAACAAGAAAACGAUUUGAAAGCAUGUGGAAAUUUGGACGCCCCUGCGCUUAACUGUCAGAUGUAACGUAGUUCGUCGCCGCCUCGAACAUUUCAAACGUUAAGGACGUACUUCUCUGGAAGUCGUCAUUUCCCCGCAAGCAAAUGUCUCUCCUCGCUGACAUCCUUGACCUUUUACGAAAUCUUCUCGAGUAUUUUGGAGUCCCAGCCGACAUGUUAGUGCCGGUGUGGGACAAUCAAUACUGCGGGCAGUAUCGCAGCAUAGUUCGCAUGAUUGGAACUAACCUUCCCUUGAGUCCUCAAGCACGCGUUCAUUUCCAGAUUCCCCUGCAGGUGUUUGAAAGGCACGGUACUGCUGAUUUUCCGUUAAACGGGCCAGUUAUACCGUCCUUUGCGGAUGUGAUGUGGCUUACUGAAGAUGACGGGGAGGUCUUGACAAAGUUCAGAAAUGACGUUCGUCCGCUUGGUAGACAUCACGCGAGCCAGCGUCUCCCGGCUCCUCCGGCGCUUGCGUUAGCUCCAGCGCGAGGAUUCGCCACGCUGAGGGGAAGUCAGCCUCCGGCGAACACCGAAGCCUUGAGUAAGAUCACGGCGCUGGAGGGCGAGCUGCUCCGGUUACGCGCACAGAUCGCCAUGAUCGUCACCAUGCCCUCAGGUACUGCGCCCUUCCAAAAUGCUCCUGCUACCCCGGGGAGGUCCUCUCCCCCUCCUCCUCCUGUUCUCACCUCCACUCCCGCCCCUGCGCCUCGCUGCCCUCCCCCUCCCCCACCUCCUCCUCCCCCUGCUCCCCCCCUGCCUCCUCACUGCCCUGCUGCCAUGGAGACGCAAGCCCACGGCCCGAUCAGGCAGCCGCGGCGCACGGCUAGCAGGGAGGAGCAGGAUCGGAACGAUCGGAGGACGGGUUCGCCGUCUGAGAAAGCUCCCAGCAUGCUGGACGUACUGAAGGACUUGAAUCAGGUUAAGCUCCGUGCAGUAGAGAGGUCUCCUGGCGGAACGCCGGUGAUGAAGAGGAGCAAAAAAGCGGUUGACCUCGGCGACCCGGCGGCGCUCAUCGCCGAAGCGCUGAAGAGGAAGUUUGCGCACAGGCGCAAAGAGGACUCCUUCGACAAGGAGAACCGCUCUUUCGAGCUCUCCCCGUUUGGAAGCCCCGAGAUUCCCAGUAUCCCUUUUAAUAUCAGGUGCGGUCAGGGACGACUACACCUGUGAUUGCCAUGGCAACGAGCAACCAGUCCGGUGAGAGUGGAUGCUUCUCAGACUACUGAUACUUCCUCCUGCAGUAUUUUUUUUUGUUGGUUUACAGUUUUUUCCUAAGGUCUACUAAAUGUCUGUGUUAACCUUGGCCCUUGACCCUUGACCUCUGCAAUGCUUUGGUCUCUGGCGGUACUUUUUCUGGUUUGCAGUUUUCAUGCAGACGGCGAGUUUUGUUUUGGUUUUGGUGUAAAUAUAUAGGAUUUAAUUGCUGUACAGAGAUUUGAGGACAUUGUUUUGUACAAUGAUUUGUCCAGAUUGAUUGUGUUUUGUUGUCAUUGUUCCUCACGUGGCGGAAAUCGCGCGUGAAGUCUGUCGGUCUUCUCAAAUCGCACUCCAAAAACCCUAAUUCUGUGCGGUCAGGUUCCGAGCUAAACUUGCAUGGUGAAUGACACCACCCCCACAAACGACUCAGCGAAUCACAACAGGUUCUGUUCUCCCAUUUGGGGGGAACAACUGCAAAUACAUGUGCCUAUGGGACUGAGAAUUCCAGGAGAAUGCAACAAAAAUGCAACCUGCAACGUGCAAUGAUUUUAUAAAUGUCUUGUCUAUACUGCACUGUAGUAGAAUUGAAUUAGUGUAAUAUUCUAAGUGUGUAUGUCUCAAGCAUGUGAAACUAUGGACAAGCCAUUGGGAAUGCUCAGCUAUGCUCAGCCAGCCCACUGACACACACUGUGUGAAUGUUUAUGUGCCUAGCGUGGUGGGGGGGUUCGUGGGUUGAAAAAAAAAAAAGGGCAAAAUCCUCCAAUACGCUUUGGGAUCAGGUCUCUCCCUCCCCCUCCUGGCCCGGACCUCACCCCCCCCCUAUGAUGAAACAGGCAGCAGGAUCUACACCUGUCCCGUUGGAACUGUCCUAUCCUGCCACCGAACGAGGGGUGGGGUGAGGGGGAAAUGGGGGCGUACCUCGUUUGGGUUACAGGGUUCACGCUGGGGCGGGACGGGGCUCGAGCAGAAAACCGGGCCUGCGGGCGAUGCCAUCCUCGCAGGGUCCCGGCCCUUCAUUCAGGAACAGGGCACCGUGGAAACGGCGAGGGUUCCCACGGCAACGAAGGAGCCGCGACCUGGGAUUUGCGCGCUUAGCGUUUCGCUGCGUGGCUCCGUCCCGUGGACUGGCUCUUUACUGCGUGCUCCUGGUGCUGCCGCUUUUUGGGAGAUCCGUUUUGGGGGGGGACGAGCUCAGACUCUCGCUGUCGAAGCGAUGCUUGGCCUGGUGGGCUUUCGCCAAAUGAGGCCGUUCUGCUUUUUACUCACUUACUGGCGAGUUUAAUGCAACCUGCAUCUUCCGGAUAACAAAAGGCUUUUCAGCCUUUGGAACUUUAAUUUCACGUUCUCUUCGCGUUUUCAUUUCAGCUAACAGAUGAAUCGCAAGGUGUCCCUACUUCAGCUUGUACAGUUACGGAAGCACUGUCUUAAUGCUGUAAUUUAAUUUUUUUUUUUUUGGGGGGGGGGAUUUCAAUAAUGUAGCUGCAUGCAUGACGAUAACAAGGGCUGGAGAUGUAAUUUUUUUAAAUCAAAUGGCCAGCCAGCCAGAGAUAUUCACGUGAAUCAGGCCACGCCCUUUAAUGUUUUAUUUUGUUUUGUUUAUUUUGUUACAAUGUGAAAAGAGCUGAUGAAUAAAAUGGUUGGCUUGGCACCGGC